AUGCACCCAGCCGCUUUUACCGUCCUCAAUCCAGGAGCUACGAUGCCACAGUGCUUCAAGCAUAGCGCCGACACACUCAUGACUUUCGAGAACAGCUACGAUACGUACAUGAAAAACUACUCACCGAGCCCUGACUGGACACAUAGCGAUCCGCUUAAGCUCUGGCACAUUAUCUACAAUGUCCCAUCAGACAGUGUGGGCAAGGUUGCUGAGCUGGCCCUGGAGCGCGGAGCUGGCUUGAUCCAUAUCACCAACGACAACAUCCCCAGUCCGUACGACUCCCUCCCUGACGAUGACUACAUGCAGACCAUCAUGAGCGCCCUUGGAGGUGACAAACCGGCCAUUUACAAUUCCACCGCGUAUGAAAAGAACGGCCAGUCUGCAUCUGCUCCCGGCUCAUUAGCAGUGACCGCCUCAGAUUACUCCUUCGUGAGUCUAAGCUGGGGAGCUAGUUCCCGUGCUCCCUAUGCGUACUCGAUCUAUCAGAAUGGAAAAGAAGUGGCCCGUCUACCGGGCAGCAUGACCAAGGUUACCAUCGGCAACAUUGAUCACGGUACCUCCAUUACCUUCACCGCGAGGGCUAUCGGGUCUGGGGGCAGCGCGUCGGGUGAUUCAAACUCGGUAGAGGCAACGACGCUUGGAUUACCGGACAACCAGCACGUCACCAACGUGAAGGCCAGCUCGACCGCUACAAAAACUACGGUCCAGGCCGACAUCCCAAUUCCUUUGCUUUCCAACACCGCCUGCGAAAUGCCGGCGUGGCCUAUCAACUACAAUCUCGGCCAUUACAUCUGCAUACACUACAUGGUUGAAAGCAAAACUCUGUUCAAAUACACUGGUGCCGAGUUGCCGGCCGGACAGACCAACUUUCCCUGUGCAUGGUCCUCGAUGGGCACUGUCCCCGUCUCUCGGAGUUGCUACACCUGGACGUGGGAGCUUCCCAACGGAUCUGAUACUAUCGACACGAACUACUUUGUCGUUGAGGCACAUAGGCCCCUGACCAACGUCUUCCACCCAUGCCCCAGUACCUGGGAUGACGCCACCCUCAGCAGCGGGGCCUACUGCACGGGCAAGGCACCGUACGACUGUAAAGGCGAGACGCUCUGCAGUACAUUGAAUAUCAAGUGGUGCGACAAGGCCGUCAACCAGAUGACGCGUGGCCCGACGCUCUACACUGCUAAUGCAGAGGCCCUCGAGCUGUCUGGUAACUGUUGGGCCAACUGGGAGCAGUUCGGCUGCUCGGUGAAGAUCCGCGGUAAGGACGAGAACAGCAAGGGCUGUACGAUUACUGACGAUGAGAUGUGGGAGGCCUAUCAGGAUAUCCGCAAAAUUGGCGGGUGUAGAAAGUGUGACAGCAAGCACUAUGAGAAUGGCUGUCUGGUCAGCGUAGAGUACUAUCAUGGAUGUGAUAAUGGGGAUCCUGGAGUGAACGCGAUUGAUGUUUGA